GGAUCUCUGACCCACGCGGCUGUCCUCUUCCUUGUCAGAUCCCCAGCUUCCGCGUGCGCUCCGCACCAGGCGUAUCAACGUUUCGCCGCCGCAUCCACAAUGGCCGGCUGUUUAUGACAAUUCUGGGGUGCGUAGGGACUCAUCGGGCAGCUGCGUGCUGAGGCGCGAUCUGCCGCAGGAGGAUCGGUCUGACCUGGCACUUGCCGGCGCAGCGCAUUCCGGUACCACCCGCCUGCAUUGUCGCUGCUACUAUUCCGCGGGUGGACUGAAAAUCUCGCGUCCAAAGUGGCUAAGAGCGUAAGUCCCCGUCGAGUGCACCAGGAGUGCUCCAGCGGGGUGGACGGUGUGCAGGUGCAGGCGGCGGCGCAGGUGCAGCAGCAGCAGGAGAGACGAACACCGAGGCGCAUGCCUUACCUGGGGCCUGACAUGACAACCCGGCUGUCCGCCAUGUUCUACACGGUCGAGGUCGGGGACACCAAGUUCACCAUCCUGAAACGCUACCAAAACCUCAAGCCUAUCGGGUCGGGCGCGCAGGGGAUAGUCUGCUAGAGGCGUGAUAUACACUACCUAAGUUAAGGCACGAGUACCGCCGCGGGUCUGAGAGCUAAAGAAAGGGAGACAAAGGGAGAAACGGAGAAUUAAAGAACCUACGAAAAGAGGUAAUGCGAUGGCGACGAACGCGAUGGAAUCGAGCAACGUUCGGAGCGGCUAUCGUCGUGGCGUUUUCGGCGACACCGAGCUUUGCAUACCCGAGAGAUACGUCGACGUCGCGCCGCGUGGCGUCGGCGCUCAGGGUAUCGUCUGGAGACGAGGUCGAGCUGUCAAUUUACGACUUAUCGCCUUGCAGAUAAUCGGUCUCUUGAACGCGUUCACGCCGCAACGGUCGCUGGAUGAGUUUCAAGACGUGUAUCUGGUGAUGGAGCUGAUGGACGCGAACCUGUGCCAGGUGAUCCAGAUGGAUCUGGACCACGAGCGCAUGUCGUACCUCCUCUACCAGAUGCUGUGCGGCAUCAAGCACUUGCACUCCGCCGGCAUCAUCCACAGGGAUCUAAAGCCAAGCAAUAUCGUCGUGAAAUCCGACUGCACAUUGAAGAUUCUCGACUUUGGCUUGGCGAGGACCGCCGGUACCACAUUCAUGAUGACGCCCUACGUCGUCACGCGGUAUUAUCGGGCGCCGGAGGUGAUCCUGGGCAUGGGGUACAAAGAGAAUGUGGACAUCUGGUCGGUGGGGUGCAUCAUGGGCGAGAUGAUACGCGGUGGUGUAUUGUUCCCGGGCACGGAUCACAUCGACCAGUGGAACAAGAUAAUCGAACAACUUGGCACACCGGCGCAAGAAUUCAUGCAACGACUGCAGCCGACCGUCAGGAAUUACGUGGAGAACAGGCCGCGAUAUCCAGGCUAUCCCUUCGAGAGGCUAUUUCCGGACGUCCUAUUCCCCUCGGACUCCUCGGAACACAAUAGAUUAAAAGCGAGCCAAGCCAGGGAUCUAUUGUCGCGCAUGCUCGUGAUCGACCCGGAGCGACGCAUUUCCGUGGACGAGGCGUUGCUGCACAAUUACAUAAACGUUUGGUACGACGAGGGGGAAGUCAAUGCUCCCGCACCAGGUCCAUACGACCAUAGCGUGGACGAGAGGGAACACACGGUGGACCAGUGGAAGGAGCUGAUCUAUCAGGAGGUGAUGGAGUAUGAGACAAGCCACAAUCCUGCGGCAGUCGCUCAGUCGUCAGAGAGCGCUGGGAGCCGGUAGAUACCGCAUAGCAGCAGCCCAUCCACGGUCCCCUUCUCGUUGAGAAAGCAUCCGAAUAGUCUGACCUACCGUCUCGACAUCCCUGGAGCGUCGUAGCGCGAGAGGGAGGGGAAAACUGGAGAAAGAAAAGGGUGGAAUGAACGAAGAGAAGAAAGAAGAUAGAUCGACGUCCACGAAUAUCUAUCUCCCUCUCCUUCGAGUAGGCAAGAAAUGCAAGUGGGGAAAAAAGAUGAAAAGGGGAGAAGCUUGCUCUAUCGAGUGUCGCAGGGAGACAAAUCAUAAUCUUUUGGCAGCACGUGUGAUCAAGUGACGAAACUAGUCUCGAAUUUCAAUCUUCUCUCUCCUGGAAUGAUCUGGAUGAAACGCUUCCGUGGAAGGCGAGACUCGCGACAGCUCUGCGGCACCUUUGACAGGUGCUACUCAAGACUCCUUUGUCGCUUUCUUUACGUUUUACCAGAGCAGUGGCGCGCUGGUGAGGUUCGCGGGAGAUCUUCGGGGUUGGAGGACAAGUUCGUAGAAGAGGAUCAGAGAGGGAGCGAGAGAACUGCCUGGAUGAAAGGGAAAUUAUCGCGUCGCGCGUUGUCGGCUCCUCAACUACUGCCAGCCUGAGUUGUCGGACGAGCAUCUUAUCACUUCGCUUCAGUUUAUUCGGUUCUUUGAUCAAUGCGAAUUCUCCGAACACGUCCUCCGAGAACCCUCGAGUCCUUGUUUCACAGUACGGUAUUUUUAUUUCGAUUCCUCGUUGCGUCCACUUGACUUUCCUUUUUGGUACAAGUUUAUUCGCUCUGCAACCUGCAAAGCGGAUGUCGUUUCGUACUUUCUGAUCGUCCCGCAACCACGGACAACGUUUGCCGUGCAUUUCAUAGCAAUAAAGUUGGCGCGAAAGAGAAACGAUGUAGAAAUAUCGCUCCUGUGAUACCAUUACGAGGUUUUUACAAACGUCGGCAACCGAUCGUUCCUUUAACUUCCGGAGGAUUAAGUGAUCGAUCGCCCGUUACAGAUUCCGAAAGGACCGAUCGAGCGUGUUUAUCGUUUACGCGCGAACAACAUAUACUAUAUAUUUUUCGUAACCAUUGUUAAGCACAUAUACGGGAACACACGAUUCUGAAGCAUGUAUUGUAACUUUUUAACUCGACUACCCUACGCUCUUUCGGAGUACGGGGUAUAGAGAUAACAGAAUAAGAUUGUGAGGGGAAAAUUGACGACAGAGCUUAUAGUCGCUCGAUCUUCGUGUCGCGGAUGUAGCGGGUGGUCACCAGGACGAGGCUAUUCUUAGGAUUUCGUUUCGUUAAGUCGCUGGAAGUCGCGAGGGAAAUAUAAGUUAGGUAAAUAUUUGUUAAUAUUUAAUUCACGCGGCUCCGUACGACAUAUGCAAUGGAGCGCGUGAGGCGCAGGGGAAAUAGAAGAAAUGACGUGCUGCACGCCGAGUCUCGAAACCGAUCGUAUCGCGAGAGGAAAGGGACGCGAUCGAUGGGGUAUAGGAUUUUUUGUACAUAAUAAUUAAUUAUUGUGAAUUUAGUGCUGUGUGUGAACGAGAGUGUCCGCACGAUCUCGCGCGAUACUGGAUUUUUGUUCCGCGUAAGCGUGUAUCUUUCGUUCGGAUACUUCGCAUCUCCGCUCUGUGUGCUUUCGUCUCGGUCGUUAUCAGUGCCAGUAGAUGCGCGAUUCAUACUUUGUAUUCGUAGUUUCGUAGUCGUAAGAACAAUUGGCGAACGCUGAUUCAUUUUAUCAAAUCGACUGGGGAGGAAAGGAAAGAGGAUAAAAUAGUAGUGCAAUGCCACAACAAUCGAUCUCGUGCGUCAGGGACAGUGCGGUCCCGCGAUUACCGAUUAUACCCUUAGUACCCCGGGUGGUAGCGCGACAAACGUUACUAUUCCCGUCUCGUGCAAUCUCGCGUACGACGUGUCGCGCGAUGAACUCACGGUGCUUAGUAUUUUGCAAUCGGCCAAGUGACCGAGAGAAUUCGAUGCUGAAUCGAAGCAAUAAUCGGCAGACUAGAACUGCAAUCGAUUGCGCAUAGGAAGCGGCGAAAAGGGACGGUUUUCGCUUAGUUUGUUUUUCGCGAAGAUAUAAAUCUUUGCCGAACGUUUAUUGAUUUUUUAUUAUAAUUUUUUUAAUAGAUCGUGUGAUUCGUGUUAUAUAUAGGGCAAUAUGAUAAAGGAGGAAACACUUUUUGACUAGAAUAUCGCGAAACGGUACAUAAUAAUGGACGAGAGUGAACUGGGUUGGGAGAGCCGGUGAUGCUGAUGAUGAUAUAACGAUGAUAACUAUAUGAAAUAAUUGUAUUUAUUACGUGAAUCGACGAGGAGAACCUACAAAUAAAUAGCGAAUCGAUGAAUGAUGGUGAAAGAACAAUUGUAUAAUGUAAACGUUAAAUUUUUAUUUUCCACGACGAUAGUUAUGUGAAUAUAUUGCUACAGUCCGAUCCAAAUAUAAUCAAGCUUUUGUAACACUAAUUAUAAUAAAAAGUCUAAUGAUGAUACUGCUAAUUACACGUAAUUGUAUCGCACACACACGGUUAAAAUUAUCAAGUAUGUGCUGCAAAUAAGCGGUCUCGAUUUUGUCGCGUGUACGGAAGCGAAGAGUAGUGCGCCAAAAAUCUUUACAAAUUCAGCUAGUUGCCGUCGCGUUGCAGAUCCACGACGAGUAUCCCUUUCCGUCAUCGCAUUUCUUUCGCAUGUUCAACACUGUGUACGCGUCCCACAACGCGUGUAACGAACGAGCUUCUUCAUUACGGAACCAAGAAGAACACUUUUGGCAUCCUUUCGCCGCGCUAUUUUUUACCCUACGCGUCUAAUUCGUCGUCAAAUGCGUAUAUCUACAGAUUGUUGUAUUUUGCAAUAACACUUGAUCGAAAGUAAUGUGAUUAAGAUUAAAACGAACGCAACAUCUUCCCGGCGUUCUAGGUGUUAAUCCCGUAAAACAUAAGUUAACCGAAAGGAUCAUUCUAUUGUAAUUAUGUUUCUUCAAUCUUCACAAUUGGGGGAUUGGACACAAAAUUCUAAUUAGACAAUAAAUUCGAAAUUUUCGGAUUGUC